CUGACUGGUGCUCCUUCUCUUCCAUCUUGGGCUGUCUGCAUGUGUUUCAUUCCCCCACUCUCUCCUGUGCCUCCCCUCUACCGCAAUAAUCAGGUCCAGGUUUCUCUGUACUGGGAGAAGACCUGUGGCUGGAGCAGGCAGGGGUGCACCCCAUCUGUUCCCCCAUUCCUCCAGGUGGGAGGGAGAAGGAGUAACCCACUUUACUGGGCGUGGAUGCAGGGGAGAAAGGAGAAAGCAUGCUGGGAGCUGGAAAGAGCACUAAGAUCACCUAGUGUCUAGAGAGUGGAGCCUGCCUUCUGGGCCCUAGGCCCCUCCCACAAUGCUUGUCGCAGGUCUUCUUCUCUGGGCUUGCCUACUGACUGGGGCCUGGCCAGCCUUCCCCACCCAGGACCACUUCCCAGCCACACCCCGGGUCCGGCUCUCAUUCAAAGAGUUGAAGGCCACAGGCACUGCCCACUUCUUCAACUUCCUGCUCAACACAACCGACUACCGAAUCUUGCUCAAGGAUGAGGACCACGACCGCAUGUAUGUGGGCAGCAAGGACUACGUGCUGUCCCUGGACCUGCACGACAUCAACCGCGAGCCCCUCAUUAUACACUGGGCAGCCUCCCCACAGCGCAUUGAGGAAUGCGUGCUCUCAGGCAAGGAUGGCAACGGCGAGUGUGGGAACUUCGUCAGGCUCAUCCAGCCCUGGAACCGAACACAUCUGUAUGUGUGCGGGACAGGUGCCUACAACCCCAUGUGCACCUAUGUGAACCGUGGACGCCGUGCCCAGGAUUACAUCUUCUACUUGGAGCCUGAGCGACUCGAGUCAGGGAAGGGCAAGUGUCCGUAUGAUCCCAAGCUGGACACAGCAUCGGCCCUCAUCAAUGAGGAGCUCUAUGCUGGUGUGUACAUCGAUUUUAUGGGCACUGACGCAGCCAUCUUCCGCACACUUGGAAAGCAGACGGCCAUGCGCACGGAUCAGUACAACUCCCGGUGGCUGAACGACCCGUCGUUCAUCCAUGCUGAGCUCAUUCCUGACAGUGCGGAGCGCAAUGAUGAUAAGCUCUACUUCUUCUUCCGUGAGCGGUCGGCAGAGGCGCCACAGAGCCCCGCUGUGUAUGCCCGCAUUGGGCGCAUUUGCCUGAAUGAUGACGGUGGUCACUGUUGCCUGGUCAACAAGUGGAGCACAUUCCUGAAGGCGCGGCUCGUCUGCUCCGUUCCGGGCGAGGAUGGCAUUGAGACUCACUUUGAUGAGCUCCAGGACGUGUUUGUCCAGCAGACCCAGGACGUGAGGAACCCUGUCAUUUACGCUGUCUUUACCUCCUCUGGCUCCGUGUUCCGAGGCUCUGCUGUGUGUGUCUACUCCAUGGCUGAUAUUCGCAUGGUCUUCAACGGGCCCUUUGCCCACAAAGAGGGGCCCAACUACCAGUGGAUGCCCUUCUCAGGGAAGAUGCCCUACCCACGGCCGGGCACGUGCCCUGGUGGAACCUUCACACCAUCUAUGAAGUCCACCAAGGACUAUCCUGAUGAGGUGAUCAACUUCAUGCGCAGCCACCCGCUCAUGUACCAGGCCGUGUAUCCUCUGCAGCGGCGGCCCCUGGUGGUCCGCACAGGUGCUCCCUACCGCCUCACCACUGUUGCUGUGGACCAGGUGGAUGCAGCCGACGGGCGCUAUGAGGUGCUUUUCCUGGGCACAGACCGCGGGACAGUGCAGAAGGUCAUUGUGCUGCCCAAGGAUGACCAGGAGAUGGAAGAGCUCAUGCUAGAGGAGGUGGAGGUCUUCAAGGAUCCAGCGCCUGUCAAGACCAUGACCAUCUCUUCCAAGAGGCAACAACUCUACGUGGCAUCAGCCGUGGGUGUCACGCACCUGAGCCUGCACCGCUGCCAGGCGUAUGGGGCUGCUUGUGCUGACUGCUGCCUUGCCCGGGACCCUUACUGCGCCUGGGAUGGCCAGGCCUGCUCCCGCUAUACAGCAUCCUCCAAGAGGCGGAGCCGCCGGCAGGACGUCCGGCAUGGAAACCCCAUCAGGCAGUGCCGUGGGUUCAACUCCAAUGCCAACAAGAAUGCCGUGGAGUCUGUGCAGUAUGGCGUGGCCGGCAGUGCAGCCUUCCUGGAGUGCCAGCCCCGCUCGCCCCAAGCCACUGUUAAGUGGCUGUUCCAGCGAGAUCCUGGUGACCGGCGCCGAGAGAUUCGUGCAGAGGACCGCUUCCUGCGCACAGAGCAGGGCUUGUUGCUCCGUGCCCUGCAGCUCAGCGAUCGUGGCCUCUACUCCUGCACAGCCACUGAGAACAACUUUAAGCACGUCAUCACACGAGUGCAGCUGCAUGUACUGGGCCGGGAAGCCGUCCAUGCUGCCCUCUUCCCACCACUGGCCGUGAGCGCCCCGCCACCCCCAGGCGCAGGUCCCCCAACGCCUCCUUAUCAGGAGCUGGCCCAGCUGCUGGCCCAGCCAGAAGUGGGCCUCAUCCACCAGUACUGCCAGGGUUACUGGCGCCAUGUGCCCCCCAGCCCCAGGGAGGCUCCAGGAGCACCUCGGUCUCCUGAGCCCCGGGACCAGAAGAAGCCCCGGAACCGUCGGCACCACCCUCCAGACACAUGAGGCCAGUUGCCUGAGCCCUGCUAUGGGCCAGCCUAGCCCUUGUCCUUUUAAUAUAAAAGAUAUAUAUAUAUAUAUAAAUAUAUAUAUAUAAAAUAUCUAUAUUCUAUACACACCCUGCCCCUGCAAAGACAGUAUUUAUUGGUGGGUUGAAUAUAGCCUGCCUUAGUGGCAGCAUCCUCCAAAACUUAGACCCAUGUUGGUCAGAGACGGCAGAAAACAGAGCCAGCCUAAACAGGCCCAGCCAGUUGGUGGGGCCAGGCCAGGACCACACAGUCCCCAGACUCAGCUGGAAGUCUACCUGCUUGACAGCCUCCACCAAGAUCUACAGGACAAAGGGAGGGAACAAGCCCUGCUCGAAUGGGGCACGGACUGUCCACCUUUUCUGAUGUGUGCUGUCACUGUCAACCUGUGCUGUGGCAUAGACAUGGAUGCGAGGACCACUUUGGAGACUGGGGUGGCCUUAAGUGCACUCAGAGAAGGGAAGAAGGGGCCAUCACAGGAUGCCAGCCCCUGCCUGGGUUGGGGGCACUCAGCCACGGCCAGCCCCUUCCUGGGUAUUUAUUCUCUAUUUAUUGGGGAUAGGAGAAGAGGCAUCCUGCCUGGGUGGGACAGCUCCUUCAGCCCCUUCUCCCCUCCCCGCCUGGCCAGGGCAGGGCCACCCCACUCUACCUCCUUAGCUUUCCCUGUGCCAGUUUGACUCGGAGGCUGGGAGCAUAGCAGAGGGGCCAGGCCCAGGCAGGGCUGACGGGAGGCCCCAGCUCUGAGGGGAGGGGGUCCGUGGUAGAGGCCUGGGGCCAGUAGAGGCUCCCCAGGGCUUAUGUCCACCACGUCAAGCAAUGGGUGUGGAUGUAAUUAGCUCUGGGAGCAGUUGGGUAGAUAGGUGGGGGCUCCUGGUGGCCUUCUGCUGCCCAGGCCACAGCCGCCUUUGGGUUCCAUCUUGCUAAUAAACACUGGCUCUGGGACUAGA